UUAACAUCUAAUUUCUUCCAACAGUAUCACCUUUAAUUAAACAUGAAGGUCAAUUGAGAAUAAAGGAAAUGAUCACAAACUAAUUCAUACGUAUUGGUAUCGUCUAGGAGAGCCUUCACCUUGUUGUGAUAAUCUUGUUUGUUUAGGAUUACCGUAGUGCGCCCUUUGUCCGCUAGUAAGAUUACAAUUGAAUCGUCUUUCGCCAGAGCCUUAAUGGCUUCCCUUUCAGCUCUGCUGAUGUUUGGUCUUGGGGGUUUGCUCUUGCUUACGAUUUUAACUACUUCAUUUCUCAGGCUCUCGGCUUGGCUUUUCUCUUUUAGUUGAUUACAGGCCAGUUCCGUGGCUGCCACGAUCUCAUCAACUGGAAUCUUUGAUGGAGUUACGCUAAAAUUCAGACCUUUCAUGAGAACUGAGCGUUCACUGUCAGAAAGAGGGUGGUCAGAGAGAUUCAUAACCCACUUUGUCCGAUCAAUGUUGAUAUCUCCAAUGUUUGUCGUCGGUGACCGAAUUUCUUCUUUACUGAUCAGUAGGCGGUCAAACUUUAGCCUCUGGCGGCUCUUUGCCAUCUCAUGUGUUACUUUAGGAAAUGUUUAGGGAACAUUAAGGAAAAUUUGCAUACUGAUGUUAGUGUUAGGAAUGGUAUAGGGCUUUAAUCUGACUGUCAAUGGACCUGUAUACUCUGUGGCUAUAUAGGCUGUAUGAACUGACAUCAGAUCAUGUCAAUACUAGAACAAAAGAUUUUAGAGUGCCACACAAUAUACUUACCAAGCAAGAAACUAAGAGGCACAACAGAGUAUUGUUUUGAGGAUCAAAGGUGUAUAAAGAAGUUGCUUUUAAAACUGCAACACUUGCAAUAUCAUGGUUGCAGUCGCAGUUAUGGUUACUGUUAUUGCAAUUACAACCAUGAUAUUAAAUUGCUCUACUGGUGGGCUAACAUGCAAAAUGUUAGCUUUUAAAUGCUUUAUGGUGGCCAAUUUACAUUAUCAACUCAGAGUUGAUAAUACUAAAUUACCCUGUUAUACUCUCCCACCAAUGCAACACCAUAGUUUCUUUAGAAACUUACCCACUUUAUUAGUUAGGAGUUGUUAUCUUAAUGUAACCCCAAAUUCUUGUAAAUAAUUCACAAGAAAAUUUGUAACUGCUAGUGGGGAGGAUUAACAAUCAGAUCUUGAGAGCUUAAAGGUUGACUAGAAAGUAUGACCAUAUAUGUUGGAGUUAUAUUAUGUUCUGUUAUGAUAUUUUGGUUUUUCAGUUAUGAGCUACAUUUUCCAAGUGACCUUGAGGAUCUGAAGUCUUUAGCCAGUCUAUUGAAGCAGUACAGACAAGAUAAUUUUGGUUAUGUGAUUCUGCUGUUCUGUAGUGCAUAUUUAUACAAACAGACAUUUGCCAUUCCAGGGUCUGUUUUUAUGGUAGGUGUUUAUAACAAGCUAAGAUUUUAGAAUAAAUAAAAAAUUAAAAGAGAAAUAGAGAGAUGAUCAAAUAAGUGAUCAGGUAAGUAGGUAUUAGUUGAUAAGUAAACGAAUAAAGAACAAAAAAAUUACUUGGUAUUAAAAAGAAAAAAAAAGAUUAAAAAAUGAAAAUUCUAAUAAAAAGAUAAAGUCUGCGGAGUAGGAAUAAUUUUCCCCAGCAAAUACUCAGUAUUUUCUUAGCGAAAAUUAUGGCCAUCAUCUUUGAUUUUAAUGGCAGGGGAAGGCUGGGGAGAGAAGUAAAUUUGUCCCAAGGGGGUGAGAGAUGGUUAAAAAUUAACAGAGUUAAUUAAAACUCAGAUUAAUAAUAUCCUAUUUCCUGUGCAAUCUUAUUUUCAGAAUUUGUUAGCUGGUGCAAUAUUUGGUAUGUGGGUUGGAUUUCCAUUGGUUUGCACCUUGACUGGAUGUGGAGCCACAUUUUGUUAUCUGUUAUCUAAAGCGUUUGGCAAAGUGCUUUUACUUCAAUAUUUUCCAGACAAAAUCCAGGCCUUGCAGGGCAAGGUGAGAGAGGACAGAUGCAUAAAUUAUAUCACCAAUGACAAUGUUUUCCUUUUAUCAUAUAAACCAAAAAAACACAUGUUGUAAACCACAGAUGAAGUCAAAAUAUGAUAAGUUCAUCAGUGACAUACUAGGCUGUGCUUUAUGUUUAUCAUGUCAUCUGUGAUUUACUACUGAGUGAUACGUGGUAAAAUUGAAUCAAACCUAUUUGUCAAUUUUAUUGAAAAGGAUUGUUGUUGAAAGGCACUCACUAUUAACAAAUAUGUAAUAAAUAUGUAAUCUAGAGCAUUUCUUGUAUUUUUCAGGUCCAAGAGAACCUUGAUGGUCUGUUUUUCUUUUUAUUAUUCUUGAGAUUGUUCCCUAUGUCUCCCAACUGGUUCCUAAACAUGUCAUCGCCAAUUUUGGAAGUACCCAUUACACAUUUCUUUUUCUCAGUUGUAAUUGGUAAGGAUACCUGACUUGCUGAUUUUGUUUAAUUUGGUUUGUUUAAUUAUGAGAAUUUUUGGGGUUAAUCCUUUUACUGCUGUGAGUGACCAAGACAGAAUUUUUUUGUCACUAUAUCUAAUAGUAUACAAUAUGCAAACAAGUCAUGAGAAUAAAGAAAAAUAUCAAUUAUGGGAUUACUAAUUGAUCUGAUACCAAAUUCUCCAAACUAACACCAUGAGAAUCAUUUGGCAGACAUUAAGGAGAAUUACUAAUGAGAUCUUAGGAGUUAAAGGGUUAACUUGAUGAAAAGUCAAAGUCAAGAAUAAAUUGUUUAGUUUUACAAGAUAAGAUAUUGCCCUUAACACCAGUGGAAGGAAGGGAAGGGGGGAUAAGUGUACUCAAAAUGACCAGUGAAAGAAAAAGUGGACUGAGAAAAAAAAGUAAACUAAAAGUACCGUAUUUCUUCACCUAUAAGCCGACCUCGCCAAUAAGCUGAGACCUUAAAAGUUAGGGACCUUCCAACAGACUUUUGUUGUCCAAAAGAAAAAGCAAAACCAUUGGCUAUAAGCCAAGAGUGAAAUUCUUGAUUGUAACUGGCCAUUUGAGUGAGCAAACCUCAUGUAAAAUAUUGGGAAAUGGCACAAUGAACACAAAAGCUUAUGAAUGCAAAUAAACACAAAAGAAAAAAGCAAAUCAGUGAAGAUGUAAAUACUACUACGCGACUGCAGAAACACAACAAUACUCUCAGUUACUGUAACCUGACAAACAUUUCAAUCGAGUAUCUCUUUCGUCACUUAUUUUUCUCAUCAUGCCAAAACGUUCUGCUCAUCAUACACUAUGGCUUUCAAUAUAAAUGUUAUUGUGGAAGCUGAAGCUGUAGAAAGCAGCUCGGAAAUCACUCAAGAUUAUGGACUUAGUGAGUCCAUGGUGCGAUGCUGGAGAAGGGACCAGGUGAUAAUUCUUUCUGGCAAGCUUAAGAUGUCUGCAAAACGUGCAGAAAUGGACCGUUUCACUCCCAAGUGUCCCAAACUAGAUGAGUACUUGUUUUUGAAUCCCAAACCCUCGGCUAUAAGUUGAAUCCCGUUUCGUGUGAAAAAAUCUCCCAAACUUUUGUGUCAAAUACUGAAAAAAUUGCUCGGCUUAUAGGUGAAGAAAUACGGUAACUUAUGGAAUCUUUCACUAUAUUAUUGCUGUACAGUCAUAUUGUAUGAUAGAAAAAGUUGUGGUUCGCCAAUGUGGUCAAUACACUUUAUAUAUCAAUUACAAUAUUUUCCCUGGCUUUUUAUUGACUUUGACUGUAGAUCUCAGUGUUUUGUCCACAUACUGCAAAUCUCCCUCUGUCAUCAGUUCACAAGGUGACACAUUCACAGUCGAACUUAUUGACUGAAGAAGAUUUUGUACUAUGCAGUUGAAGUGUUGCAAUUCACAUUGAAAGUGACUACAUUUUGAGAAAAGUGAUUAUGCUUUAUAUAGAAUACCUUGUGCUCUCUGUGAAGCCCACAAACAUAAUACUAAAAGAAAGUAAAAUCAAAAAUUUUAUUUCUGAAUUUGUUUUUUUCCUUUGUUUGUUUGUUUUUUAUUUUUUGCCUUUUUAGGUCUGAUGCCAUACAAUUUCAUAUGCUGUCAAACUGGUUGUAUUUUGUCACAGUUGACAUCUCUAGAUGAACUGUUUACUUUUAAUGUUGUCAUCAAGCUCUGCGGCAUAGCUGUUAUGGCAUUAUUACCUGGUUUAAUUGUCAAGAAACUUCACAAAGCCAAAAAAUCCCAUUCCGAUUGACUAGAUUGCUGCAAUUUUUUCAAAAAUUUUAUGAAAAUUAUCUUUUAGGGAAUGUGAAAAUAUGAAUUUUUUGUAGUAUUUAUGAAUUGAGAAUAAAAACUUUUCUCAAUGUGCGGAAGAUUUGGUGGUCAUCAACAUCUUAAUUAUUAUAUGUGUCCUAAUUGUGCUAAUAAAAAUUAUUGAGACAAUUAUUUAAAAUGAAAGCAGAACAUGUACUUUAUGCCAAAAAAGAAAUAAAUUAUAUUAAAAGCUUCUUUAUUCUUGUAUACAGAAUGUUUAUUCUUGAUGAUAUGUUAAAGAUUGUUCACAUCAGAGACAUGACACUUAUCUUAAAAACUGUUUGUGGAAAGUUUUCCCAUUCUAUGAAUUAUUUGCAAAAACAAAAUUAAUUAAAGGGUCUUUUAUUGAAGAAAUGAUGUAUUUACUUUUAUAUGAUAGCUUGAAUUAUAUUAGUUAAUUAGUUCUUACUUACAUGAUCUAUUAGAGGACAGAAUGAUAGGCAAUGUCAGCAUUAACCACACACCACUCUUCUAUCUUGUAACAUGGAUUCCAUGUUGCCGUGGGUCUCACAGAAGACGCUUCAAUGUGUUUGGAACAUUUGUGACACACUCGGUUGUGCCUCAAUCAUGCGCCAAGUUUUUCUUUCUUACACAUUCCGAUGUAAUCUGUCAUCUAUUACUGAACAUGGAGUGUAUUUAUAAUUUUUUUUUCCAGUUCAAAUUAAUGAAUAUUUAAAUAAAUGAAAAAAAUUAAUGAUUGAGUACACGAAUGAAUGCGGGAAAGAAAAUAAUGAAUUGAUUUGGGUGAAUGAAUGGUUGAAUGGGAGUGACUUAAACUUCUUGGUAUUUACUGCAUUAUAAAUAAAGCUCUUACGUAAACUGAGCAAGAGAUGCUGGCUUUGCCGAGAAAAUUGAU